AUGAACUCAAACAUACCAAUAGGGGCCGACUCAUUAGCUCAGAAGGUGGAUUUGUCGGUGACUGAUAAUCUUGCACAAACAGAUCUAUUACAAGCAAUUGAAAUUGGAAAGAAAUUCCUCCAGAAGGCUCAAGAAACGAAAACAACAAAAGAAUUAAUCAAUAUACCUAGAGUAGUUGAUAAUAGUUCUGAUGUCCGAACGGUAGUUAGCUCAUUAGUAGAUGCAUUGAAUAAUUCCUCACAACAAAUCCAGCAAUUGAAAUUCAAGAAUUUGAUGCUAAGCAGUAAUAAGAACAAUCUAGAAUCAAGACACGAAGUGGAAGGUAAUUUACAAAAACAUGAAUAUGAACGUAUAAAGACACAGAUGCUUCACGAGAAACAAAAUAUGAUACAUAAUUUAAAUAUCUCAAACAAUAAAGUUCAAAAAUAUAAGAAGCGAAUUGUAGAAAAGAAUAGGGAAAUCAACAAAUUACUGAAAUUGUUAAAUGACCAUUCCAUCGAUGUGACACAAAUAGAAUUAUCUUCCAUUGAACCAUCUAGUACGUCAUCAAUCAGGGUAAAAUCUCCUGAUGAUAUAUCAAAAAACCGUAAAGCUGACAUGUUAAAGGCGCUAGGAGUGUUAGCCACCCAAGUACUUAAUGAUGAUACCGAAGAUGGUUCUAUUAAUCAAACUUAUAUUCAAAGUUCAAUGCGUGCGGAAGAUGAUAAUAUAACAGAAGCUGAGAUAUCAGUAUAUCAACCAUAUAAUCAUGCUAACCGCAAUAACGAAAACCAACCUACAACUAGUUCAAAUGUAUUAUUACAUAAGUUCAGUAAUGGACCAAUUCUGCCUGAAAUUAAGAGUAACAGUCAGUUGGCUCCUGUAGUAUUACCAAAAAUGAGAAGUUUUAGCACAAUUGACAACAGUUCAAAGAAGGUAUAA